GAAGCAACGCCGCGGUAACGUGAGCGAGGAUGAAGCGAAGGGAGCCGGAUGCUCUCACUUCAUUACAGUUACCUAGCCGCAGCUAAGCCAGUGAACUCCGAAAGAGCUUGGUGAGAGUAACAGGAAGACAAAGUGUGCGCAGAGGAAGCGUGCUGUCGGUGCGGGACCGUGUAUUUCUUAGCCCGUUGCUUGUCCAUUUCCCUUAGCGUUCUCUCCCGCAGAGCUCCGCGCACGAGAGAAAUGAAAUGAAGCUCUUUGCUUCCUGGAUCUGGACGUGCAGUGUGUCAGGACCAGAUGCAUGACAGAUGAGGGCUUCUGUCGGGAAGUGGACUUUGCAGGCUGAACCAACAUAUAAUUACUCAUCCCUUGUCGGCCUUGAGAAGGUGGUGCUAGCUUCUCUCUUGGACAAAAAGUAUAAGGAAGACUAACAAAAAAAGGGAAUGUUUAUUUUUAUCUGAAGCCACAAUAAAGCACAGUAACAUAAGAAGUACUUAAAAAAGAAAAGUGAAUGAAGACAGCUAUGUUAUGAAGAUAAGUCAUCAUUUUUGUAAUCUGAAUUUUAAUUAAGUUCAUCUUGUUAAUUCUAUCAGUGAGGCUUCACUUCGAUCUUGAAUCACUGCCUUCUGUUCAUAGAAGCAGAAUUAGGCCAUCCAGCCAUUUCAUCCUGGCUGAUCCACUUUCCUCUCAACACCAUUCACCUGCCUUCUCCCUGUAACCUUUCAUGCCCCAACUAAUCAAGAACCUAUUAACUUCUGCCUUAAAUACACCCAAUGACCUGCCCUCCAAAGCUGCCUGUAGUAAUGAAUUUGACACAUUCAUCACCCUCUGGCCAAAGAAUUUCCUCCUCAUCUCCAUUCUUAAUGGAUGAUUCUAUUUUCUGCUCUUAGACUCCCCGCCCUAGGAAACACCCUCUCCAACUCCACUCCAUCUUGGGCUUUCGUGAUUCAAUAGGUUUCCAUGAGAUCACACCUUAUUCUUCUACAUUACAAUGAGUAAAGGCCCAGAGCAAUCAGUUGCUCCUCAUACAAUGAGUCUGUCAUUCCAAAAAUCAUCCUCAUGAACUCCCUCUGAAACCUUUCUAGUAUCUGGAUAUCAUUUCUUAAAUAAGGGGUCCAAAACUGCUCAUAAUACGCCAGAUGCAACCUCACCAGUGUCUUAUAAAGCCUUAGCAUUAUAUCCUUGCUUUUAUAUUCUAGUGCUGUUGAAAUGAAUGCUAACAUUGCAUUUGCCUUCCUCUCCACCAUCUUAAGCAGCAAAUUAACACCUAAGGAAUCCUGCAUUUGUUGUUCAGUCGUUAAGUUGAGUCCGACUCAUUGUGACCUCGUGGACGCCUGCACACCAAGCCUUCUUGUUGGAAGCUGCCUCCCUAAGAUCAUCCAAGUUAUUUCAGAUUAAAGAGUGUGCUCUAUAGUGAAAACCUUAUCGGCUAAGUGGAAAGGAAACUGUGAACAAGCAGACUCAACCUGCAAACUGAAUCAAAAUGCUGUGCAUAAAACUCGGUCGUCUCAAGUGUUGUCAUCUCAGGUGCAAGCAAUCUGCAUGGAUCAUCACAGGAAUUGCCUUGCUGGUGACGUUGCUCCUUCUUAUAAGCCAUGACAAAGCUCCUAUAAACCAAUUCGAAAACUUGGAUCUCUUUGAAGAGAACCCCAGAUAUUAUGUAAACUGUACAAGCAUUAUCAGUGGAAAUGAAGAGGCAAUACAAUUAGCUAAGCUUCAAACAAUAUCAAUGGAAUUUAUAAAUCGACCUAGGCUGGGUGAGAAAGAUUAUAUAAACUUGACCAAGCACUGUGAUAACUUCAUUAAAUUACAAAAAUAUAUCACAUUUCCACUUAGUAAAGAGGAAGAAGAAUUUCCAAUAGCAUAUUCAAUAGUAGUCCAUCAGAGAAUUGACAUGUUUGAAAGACUUUUACGGUCUAUAUAUACACCUCAGAAUUUUUACUGUAUUCAUGUGGACCAAAAGUCACCUGAGAUCUUCAAAGCUGCAGUGAAGGGCAUUGCUUCAUGCUUUGAUAAUGUAUUUAUUGCCAGCCAGAUUGAGUCUGUAAUCUAUGCAUCCUGGAGUAGGGUUCAGGCAGACUUAAACUGUAUGAAGGAUCUCCUACGAAAGAAUUCAAGAUGGAAAUACUUGAUUAAUCUUUGUGGCAAGGAUUUCCCCAUAAAAACCAAUCUAGAAAUAGUGGAAACACUCAAAGCCUUAAAAGGGAAAAACAGCCUAGAAACAGAAAAGACCAGGUCCCAUAAGGAAAGCAGAUGGAAAAUGCAAUAUAUUGUACAAAAUGGAGCGCUAAAAAAUACAAAAAAUAAGAAGGAAGCUCCUCCAAUUGACACACCAAUGUUUUCAGGAAGUGCCUACUUUGUUGUUACAAGAGAUUUUGUGGAAUACUUAUGGAAAAGCUCUAAAGUACAGAAGUUUAUUGAGUGGGAAAAGGACACCUAUAGUCCUGAUGAACACAUGUGGGCAACACUCCAAAGAAUGCAUGAUGUCCCUGGGUCUGUCCCUGUCAAUGACAAAUUUGACGUGUCUGACAUGAAUUCUAUAGCAAGACUGGUAAAAUGGAGCUACCUUGAAGGUGAUAUUUCCAAAGGGGCACCUUAUCCACCCUGCACUGGUAAACACAUCCGUUCAGUAUGUGUAUAUGGAGCAGGUGAUCUGAAGUGGAUGCUACAGCAGCAUCACCUGUUUGCCAAUAAAUUUGAUACAGCAGUUGAUAGUAUUGCAAUUCAAUGCUUAGAGGAGCAUCUAAGGCAGAAAGCCAUUUCCAAUCUUUUAACUUAUACAUAAAUAUUAUCUCCUAAAACACUUAAGAAAAUGACAGAAUGUUCCUAUUUUUUGCACAUUUAAUUUAGUGAAUAUCAUCAAAGGGCUGUAUUAAUUUUGCAUCAAAGAACCUGUGAUUUGAUUUGGAAGAACUGGGCAAGUUGCCAGGUUGCACCUUCUGAGGUGGAUCUUGAGCCUUCAUGCUUCCUGAUCAUGCUCACAGCCCUUUGACCACCCAAACAACCAAAGAACUCAAAUAUUGCUCCAUAUUAAUGAUGGUGAUAUUUAAAAAUCGUUGAUAUUGAUACUUAUUAGUAAUUUCUGAUAGUUUUGGUGUUAAAGAAGAAGCUGAUGCUUACUCCCUAAUUUCUUCUCAAGGAGCUAAAUUGAUGGAUAGGCUUAGCUUCUUUUUGGUAACAGUACUGGCAAAUUGAAGUAAUCAAGCUGCUGUUCUUUUAGUAGAAGUGAGGGGCAAAAGGGAAGAGCUUUUUUUUGUGAAAAAUGGAAUGAGAAGUUCUCCUCUUGCUUCCCUACCCAGAUGCAGUGCUAUAUGGGCUUCUAACUGUUCCUCUAAGUUCUCUACUGUACACCUUCUUUGAACUGCUAGAUUUCCUGAGGUCCAGGAAGAAUUUUGUUACGGGUUAACCAUGUGAUAUGAUAAAGUGAAGAUACAAGCCUCAUUCUUAAUCAAUCAAUCAACACAUAUCCUGGGAUUAAAUAGUCAACUAUUCCACCACAAUUAAACCUGAAAGAGAGCAGAUUGAGUUAAAAUCGAAUUAAAAAAAUUAAAAAUUAAAAACAAAUUCACACUUCAGUUUACCUAUUUUGGGUUUGGAAUUAUCUCUGGCAUUCCCUAAAGCGUUCUGGACCUAAACAUAAUCAAAGUUAAAAAAUAAAUAAAUAAAAGGAUUUUAAAAACAUCUCUCUCAUUCUCUUCCCAAAUUGACCUGAAGUGUUUUAGUUAAAGGAGAAAAUAUCAGAUAGUGUUACUAGUAUAUUCAUUAAAACUAAACACAAAUUUUUGUUGCUUACCUUUUGAAAAUAACUUAUUUUUUGGUUACCAAGCAAGAGUUUAAUGUACUGUAAUUUUGCUUUGAGCAAAUCUUGUUGACUUGGCCACACCGAUCUUUGCAGCCUCACAGUUCCAGCUGAGCGCCACUUCUCGCAGGCAGUGGAUAGUCCAAGAAAAUGUGAAUUGUGGACCAAGUACUAGUAAAUGGGAUUAAUAUAGAUAGGAUUUGAUUGUUUAAAGGGUCUGUGUUUUGCUGUAUGUCUUUAUGACUCAGGUCUCGGCCCUACCCAGAUUGCCUUGUACUGCCAAAGGCCUUUUAACUCUGCUAAAGUUCAGAGACAUUUAAAAUAGAUAACUGUUAAUCUUUAUUUUAAAAAAGAAUUACAAUUAAUAACAGAAAGUCAAUAAAAGAUUAAUAUUAGCUGAAUUAAAGAAUGUAAAGGAAACAGUUCAAACAAGAUUACAGAUGCUGUAGACUGGAACAAAAAUAAUCUAAGUACAUGUUUGACCUGAAAUGUCACCUCAUACCUGCUGCCUUCACAGAUGCUGACUGACUUAUUGUUUUCUUUCAUGUCUAGAACAUUACAGCACAGUACAAGCCCUUCAGCCCACAAUGUUGUGCCAACCUUUUAACCUACUCUAAGAUUAAUCUAACCUUUCCCUCCAACAUAUCCCUCCUUUUUUUUAUCAUCCAUGUAUCUAUCUAAAAGUUUCAAAUGCUCCCUAAUCUAUCUGUCCCUAUCGCCACCCCAUUAGCAGAGUGUACCAUACACUCACUACUCUCUGUGUAAAAAACUUAUCUCUGACAUAUCCCCAACUAUACCUUCCCCCGUUCACCUAUAUACCCAGUAUUGGCAAAUGUUACCGUGUUAUAUACAAACUGAUCAGAGAAUGACAUGGAAAAAGGUAGCAGCAUUGAGCUUUUCAUAUUGGUCCACAUCAAAGUCCUUUCCAGAAGGCUCUCCAUACAUUUAAAGCAAGUACCUGUAGCACAAAGCACUCAACAAUAGUACGUCUGGAAUUUGCUAAUGCUUUGUAAAUUGGAAGGAGCUUGCCCAACAUAAAUAGAUUACAUUUGAGCACCAGAAAGCUUUGCACCCAGGGCAAAGUACACAGAGUGCCUUUCAAGUGAAGGGGGCAAGAGAACAGGGGAUAAAAGCACCAGAAAAGGAAAUGCAUAUAGUUAUAUAGACAUUUCAGUGUUCAUUUUUUUGCUCAAGAAAAAAGGGAACCAUUUACUCACCCACCUUUGCCAUCAAUGUCCGUGAUGCAAUUCAAACAUACGGAAGCCAUGGCUGGUGGGAAUCUGAGCAAUCCAUGUACAGAGUGCAUUAGUCCCCUCAGUUCAUUAUGUCUGUGGUCCUCCCAGACUCAGUACCGAGUUCAACAUUAUAGCAGAAAGUCUGAUCCAUCAGCAUUGACAUCUAGCAUGCUGCUAGCACUAAUAAAUAGAGACAAAUUAGGAAGGUACUAACCUGUAGAAAAGCUAUGACAUUGCUAAAAUAUGGCAAGUAUGUUUUUAGUGUAAUAAUAAUAAAGGUGAAUACACAUUUACCUUCCUAAUAUUUGCUGCACCUGCCUGCUGGAUUCAAUACAGUAUAUCAUGCAGUACUGAAGACCAUGUUGCACCAGAAUGUGGUCAUCUAACCAAGCAGAAAUACAGAAUUAAACUAGAUUAUACUUAAUUAAACUAGCUAGUCAAACUAGAACAACACCUCAUAUUCUACCUAGAUAGUUGACAGAAACAUUGAAUUUACCCACUUCCUGUAACCUGUUCCCUCUCUGUCUCUUUCUGUCCUGAUCUACCCAACUUCUCCCACAAGCCCCAUCUCCCAUUUACUUUGCCCACCCCCACCUAC